AAUCGUAGAGCAAAUUGUUAAGCUUGCACAUCUCGCUGGGUGCGGCACAAAAAAAAAGGUCUUCUGUUAAGGAGAUUGAAUGUUUCGUAUUGUAAACUAAACGCGUUAUACAAGUGCGUAUUCUCAUAUUCCGAGAAGGAAAGUACUGCUUGAAAAUACUUUUAACAAGAAACAUAAGUAAUGUCUGGUGAUUUAGAUCGGCAGUAUAAACUUGUUGUUGUAGGAGGAGGUGGUGUUGGAAAAAGUGCACUAACCAUACAGUUCAUUCAAUCGCAUUUUGUUCAAGACUAUGAUCCAACGAUUGAAGAUUCUUACAGGAAACAGUGUGUAAUUGAUGAUAAAGUUGCACAUUUAGAUAUUUUGGAUACAGCUGGGCAAGAGGAGUUUAGUGCUAUGCGAGAGCAAUACAUGAGAACUGGGGAGGGUUUUCUUCUGGUGUUUUCAGUUACAGAUAGAUCCAGCUUUGAUGAAAUUCCAAGAUUUCACACUCAAAUUUUAAGAGUUAAAGAUAUAGAAGAAUUUCCCAUGAUUUUAGUGGGAAAUAAAUCAGAUUUAGAAAAUGAAAGAACUGUUUCAACUGCUGAAGCACAAGAGUUAGGAAGAAAGCUAAAAGUAUCUUACUUAGAAUCUAGCGCAAAGCAAAGAAUUAAUGUUGAUGCAGCAUUUCAUGAUUUAGUUCGAGCCAUCAGAAAUGCAAAUAAAGCAUCAGUCGAACCUCUACGAAAAAAAGAAAAGUCAAGGAGAUGCAUUGUUCUUUAAUUUCAUCUUUAUUCUUAUUGCUUAUUGCAUAGCUUCAUAAAUCGUCUACCGUUGCUCUAAUGCAUGCUUUAAAGACCAAGAAUUAUUUGCACUAUAUUCUUCGGCUGUGUAGCAAACGGACAUAAAAUUAUUAUUCGCUCGAUAUAUAUACUGUAUAUUGUACCUUAUAGGACUUCUCGAGUGCAUUUUAAAAAGAUCUUUCUUCAAAUUAAAUUAACAAUAGUCCAAUUUCAUUUUUCAUAAUGUAAAGCAUCAGAUUUCAUUUCUUCUCAUUUAGUAUUAUUAGUUUUGCUCGAGAUUAAAAAUUACGAAAUUAUGUCUGAUGAAUUGUGUGCCAUAAAUUGUAAUCAAAGUACUGUAGAUUUUUUUGUAAAUAUAAACUAGUGGGCGAGUAA